AUGGCGUCUCCUCCUCAGGGGGGCCCGAUGGCGAUCGCCAUGCGGCUGCGGAACCAGCUCCAGGCCGUCUACAAGAUGGACCCGCUGCGCAACGAGGAGGAGGUGAAGGUGAAGAUGAAGGAGCUGAACGAGCACAUCGUGUGCUGCCUCUGCGCCGGGUACUUCAUCGACGCCACCACCAUCACCGAGUGUCUGCAUACCUUCUGCAAGAGCUGCAUCGUGAAGUACCUGCAGACCAGCAAGUACUGCCCCAUGUGCAACACCAAGAUCCACGAGACCCAGCCGCUGCUCAACCUCAAGCUGGACCGCGUCAUGCAGGACGUGGUCUACAAGCUGGUGCCCGGCCUGCAGGAAAGCGAGGAGAAGCGGAUCCGGGAUUUCUACCAGUCGCGGGGCCUUGACCGAGUGACCCAGCCCAGCAGUGAGGAUCCCGUGGUCGACACGAUGGGUUUGCCCUACAGCAGCUUCGACCACUCCCGUGCCCACUACUACCGCUACGACGAGCACGUCUCCCUGUGCCUGGAGCGGCAGAGCUCCAGCAAAGAGAAGAACAAGACUAGUUUGCAGCAGAAGUUCGUGCGCUGCUCGGUGCGGGCCCAGGUGCGUCACCUGCGCAGGGUCCUGUGUCACCGCCUGGGGCUGGCACUGCAGCACGUGCAGAUCCUGUACGGCGGCGAGGUGCUCCCAGAUCACAUGACCAUGAAGCAGCUGUGGCUGUCGCGCUGGUUUGGCAGGCCUGCGCCCCUGCUCCUGCAUUACAGCGUGAAGGAGAGAGGAGGGAGGGAGCCGCGUGGAGGCGUUAACCCCAGCACCAGUUGCUCUGCUGAGCUCAAUCGAUUAAUCACCGUCACCGCCCGCCCCCCCAGGAGUGAUGGGGAAAUAAUGGGCCCAGGCCGUGGGGCUGCAGAUAAUGAGCCGUGA